AUUUCCUACUCAAACACCUCAACUUCACUCUUUAACUGCCACUACUUCCUAACAAUUAUGUCAAUCACGCGCAUUCAAAUUGACCCCGACGGUGACACUCUAGUCAUCCUUGGAGUUAAGCAGGACCUCCUCUGCCUGACUCCCCGGAAUCACGCAUCGAGAAACACUUUUCAAUGCUCAAAGAAGCAUCUUACAUUUGCAUCGCGUCGUGCUGCGAAGCUAUUCUCAACUAACUUCAAAGAAGCUUCAAGAGAGGCAGAUGGGCUUUAUCAUUGGAAUUUCGGGGGCAUCUUUGACGCUGAAGCUUUUGAGCUGGUCUUAAAGAUCAUCCAUGGGAAAACCCGUGGAAUCCCCCAGGAUGUUGAAUUAGAUCUUCUGGCAGGAAUUGCUUCCAUUGUUGAUGAUCUGUAAUGUUACGAUGCCCUUUCAUUCUUCAGCCAGAAGUGGCUUUUGGAGUGUGGCUGGACAUACACUCUCCCACGAAGCGUAAAUAAGACACUGGCUCAACUUACCCUCGUCUCGUUUGCCUUUGAGGACGCGGCGCUCCUCCAAAGCUCCACCCAGAUAGCUAUUCGAUGUAGUAGCGAUACUUUGCCUACAUUCGAACUACCAAUCUGUGCAGAUAUUACUAAUCAUGUUGAAGACUGCAAAGAGAAUACAGGAAUAAGGUCAACCGACAGAAACGCGACGCGUUUCGUGUUUUAGGUUUUCUGAUUUCAUUAGUGCGGUACGAGAAACGCAGUGCGCUUCCAUUGGGGAAAAUAUGGGGCGAAAAUACUAGACGGUCAUUGGUCAAAAACAGGAAACGC